UGUUGGCCUGCGAUGUGACGCGAUGACGUCACACUCCACCUGAAAGUAACCUGGCGAAAGCUAAACUAACCAAGCUAAGCUAACAUCACGUCAUAAUGUAAUGUCAUAUUUGCUAUCAACAUUUAUUCUGUAUACUGUGUGAUCCAGCUCGAGCGACAGUGUGUUCCUUGUUGAUGCCUUAGUUCCGGGUUGUAUGCUCUUAUUUUGUAUUUACUUCCGUUUUUUGGGCCGUUCUGUUUACUCGCACGUGCUACUUUCUUUCUCAUACUCAGGACGAAGUACUUGGAGGGCCUGCCUCUCAACAUGGCGGCGCUGUCGUCACUCCACCAGCAGGAGGUGGACCAAGAUGGCAUCAGAUGUGACAGACAGCAUCACUAUGAAGGUUCAUGUGACAGAAAGCAUCACUAUGAAGGAGCAGAUCCACUCACAGAUACCAUCUUUAUCCUUGACGAUGGUCGCAGCCUGGAGCAGGCGGGCAGCCAUGUUGGUCAGCCUUUGGGGGAAAAGAUUGAGUGUGACUGCUGAAUAACCCCCCACGGGGCCAAAGAAAGUUGCGAGCGCCAGCUUCAGCUCGCUGCCGAUGUAUCUGUUACUUCAAGUGUGUUCCGUGUGAGGAGGCAGCGUUUAUCGGGACGGCGGGCGCAAGCUGAUGAGGAGAAAUGAUCUCUCCAGAUGGAAAGUGAAAGUGAAGAGAAAUUAGACAUAAGCGGCGAAAUGCCAACCGAUAAUCAUCAUCAAGGAGAAAGAUGGUGUCCUUGAACAUGCGAAAGGAUCUGCCCCUACGAAAUGGACAGUGAAAACAAAAAGUAGCGAAGUGGUCUCCCUCCCUUGCAACGCCCCCAGUGCGGAAGACAACCACAGGGAUGAAAAUAAGGAGUGGAUCUUAAAGCUAAUACGUAUGUACGGCAUUGCACAUCUAAUAUCUGGCAACAUGGAUGAAGUCAACUCUGGUUACUUUUUCAUGCGUCCGACUGCUCUAACGGCAGGCAUUGAGAUUUCGCACUGCUCGGCGGACCUUCAACGCACCACAGUUGUGUGCUGCGACUGGCAACACCGUGACUCUGAUUCCAUCUGUUUGUGGAUCAUCUUGCACAAUCACUGACGAGUGAUUGAGAGCAAGAAAGAAAAAGAAGCGGGCCGGCCUACCGGUGGUCUCCACGAUGCCUUCCAGGAUCACCACGAUCUCAAACUGCUCGCUGGUCAGGGAGCGCUGGGACAGGUCGAAAAAGGGGCUCCUGGGGUUGAUUUCGUGGCAGAUGGUGAGAGGGGAGACCAGGAAGAGCUGGUCCGCUCCCGUCCCGAAGCCCACAUCCAGCUCACACUGGUCCAGGGGCAGGAACUCGCCUUCGGGGGUCUGGCGGGACUGGAAGGACGUAUUGCAGGUUGCCCACCCGGAACAUGAGGCACAGCUUGCCGUCCCGCUGCGAGAUGACGGCGUCCUGGCUGAACAUCAGCGUCUCGGCGCGCUUCUUGGGCUGCGACAUCUUGAUGAACAUGCAUCCGAUGAGGAAGGCGUCCACGAUGGAGCCCAGCAGCGACUGGAAGAGGAAGAGGAUGAUGCCCUCCGGACACUUCUCCGUGAUGUAGCGGUAGCCGUAGCCGAUGGUGGCCUCGGUCUCGAUGAAGAAGAGGAACGCGGAGGGGAAGUUGUACACGUUGGCCACGCAGGGGGUGUAGGAGGCGUCGUGGCCGUGGUUGAGGUCCCCCCUGAUGUAGGCGAUGAUCCACCACAUGGACGCCAUCACCAGCCAGGCCACGGUGUAGGUCAGGAUGAAAAUGAGCAGGUUCCAGCGCCACUUGAGGUCCACCAGGGUGGUGAAGAGGUCGGACAGGUAGCGGCUGGUCUCGCCCCCCAGGUUCCCGUGCUGCACGUUGCAGCGGCCGUUCUUCUCCACGAAGCGCUGGCGCUUCUUCUUCACCGGUGCCGAGAAGGCGCUGGCUCGGUUCGUGUUGACCACCUGGUAGUCCUCGCCGAAUUUCCUUCGAAGUGUCGCCAUUGGAUCUCCACUCCGCGUUAAAAGGAGUGUCGCUGGGGUGCUGGAGCCUAUCCCAGCUGUCUUCGGGCGAGAGGCGGGGUACACUCUGGACUGGUGGCCAGCCAAUCACAGGACUAAUUUCAUUCAUUUUAGUUUCAUUCAUUCAUUCAUUUUCUACCGCUUAUCCUCACGAGGGUCGCGGGGGUGCUGGAGCCUAUCCCAGCUGUCUUCGAGGCGAAUUUCAUGACAUUUAAAUGUUAUUCCAUUGUCAUUUUUCUAUAUUUAGAUGCAACCAUUCUAACCCUAUCAUUGACCAUCGGUUGGUUUUCAUUAAUGGUUCAUGUUGGGGUUAGCGCUUUGGGUUAUAUUGUACUCUAUGAGUGAAGGAAUUGGUUGGUGUCCUCCCCACCACGAGACAAAUAAAGCCCCCUCACAGAGAGACCCCUGCCUCAACAAGAGGGACUUCUGAUCCUCAGCGGAGCGGAGGAUUAGAGCGUAGACGACCACGACCGCCAUCUGUUAGUAUGUUGGCUGAAUCAGUGCCGUGGCCGAAGAUGUUUGAACAUCCACCUGCUUUGUUUGUCAGACCGGGAUGCAUUCAAGCGAGGAUGGGGGGGGGGGGACAAAGGGUGGCCGCCCAGACUGAAUUAUUAAUGACGCCUUUGAAUUGAUCAGCCCGGGCGUCAUAUGAUACACUUUAGCAGAGAUUCCAUCGCGGGACAAUGACGCCUUUGUCUCCUUCACUUUGGGAAAGGUACCCUCACGUCUCUGUCACACGUCCGUAUAGCGAAGCAGGCUUUGACCUUCACAUCCUCAUCAUCCUCAUCAUCAUCAUCAUCAUUGUGGCGUUGAGAUGGACACUGACUUUUACUUGUGGAUGCUCUCGCAGAUGCUAAAAUAAAAACGUCUUUGUCUCACAGAGGUCACCUUCAACUUUACUAGCAAAGUACACUGCAGCGUGUUUAAAGUCAUACUCUAUAUAUUUACAUACACAAUGUAUAUGCAGUAGUUUUAUGUAUACUGUAUGGAAGAAGCAGGGUAAAAGUGCACCCAGUCUUUUAUAUACAGUAUAUAUAUUUGUACAUAUCUCUACUCUAAUGUUCAUUGAUGCUCUCCUUUCAGAAUUAAUGACUUCAUUAGCAAAAGCAAUUAGGAGUGGGGGUGUUUUUUAGAUGCACACACACACACACACACACACACACACACACACACACACACACACACACACACACACACACACAACAUGCGGGACAUCUUCUGAAUCAAUUAUACUGUAUUUUAUCUGUUAAAAAUAUGCUACAAAACGCCAUACCCGGUACUACUAUGUAUGUAAUAUCAGGAGUAGCCGGUCAUAGCUUCAUAAUAUUUACCUAAUGUGCCAAAUGUGGGACCUUUUUAGUGUAGCAUUGAAACAUUUACUGCAAAGUAGGCAGUGUUUCCCAUACAUUAAUGUUUCAUAUUUCAUGUUCCUCAAUCAAUCUAGUAAUAUUUCAUUGUGGUUAAGAAGAAAUAUUAUCAUGAUUGAAUGAAAUUUAGUCUUUAUUCAUUUUUGCAAAGAUACAUACUGCGUAGUUUUAGUAUGUUUGACCCCCCAAAAGUUGUACACUACAACAAAUCAAUGUUGGGAUGUGUGUGCGCGUGCGUGUGUGUGUGUUUGUGUGUGAGUGCUGGUAGGACCCACAAUGCACCGCGCCGAGCCAAGAUGGAAGACCCCAGCAGCUGCAGCAGGACAAUGUUUUGCCUUUAGAUUUUCGGGGGAAACGGACCGCAGAGAGCGAAUUAUCCCGGCCAGAGGAGCGGCGUGUGGUCAUGCAGCGGAUGACACCGAUCGGCACGCCGUAGUCAUCCCGCCAUGAAUAUCAUCCAAGACAAGCUAGGCAACGACUUCCUGCGCUCCAACGGCGGCGGCAUGGACUCCAGCUUCGGCCCCGGCAUGAUCAUGUUCAGCCACCUGCCGCCGGUCGCCAGCUUCACCCGCCUGCCGCCUCAGGAGAUGAUCCUGAAGAAAGAGCGGGACUCGCCCGACUGCAUCGCCGGCUCCCUGAACGGCGGAGGCGGCGUGGGAGACUACGUCCACGCUCUCGGCAUCAAGCAGGAGAAGAUGUCGGAGCACGAUUACCGCCUGCCGCUGUACCCAGGAGGGCUGGGAAAGAGCACGGAGCUGCUGGAGCUGACGGUCAGCAACAACCAGAACCUGCUGGUGCACGAGCUCAACAUGGCCAACCUGCCGGGUCAGUUGGGAAAGGAGCCUGCUGGGAGGAAAGGUCGAAGGUCGAAUGGGGACGGACAGGAGGGCAGACCUCGGAAGAAACGCAGCGAGAAGCAGUCCAUGCUGCUGGAUGCGGAUGGCGGCAGCUUGUCUCCGGGAAGCAAGCCUCACAUCUGCGAGCACUGCAGCGCCGCCUUCAGGAGCUCCUAUCACCUCCGCAGACACGUCCUCAUUCACACAGGUGAGAGACCCUUCAGGUGCAGCCAGUGUAACAUGAGCUUCAUCCAAAAGUACCUCCUCCAACGGCACGAGAAGAUCCACAGCGGAGAGAAGCCGUUCAGCUGCGACCAGUGCAACAUGCGCUUCAUCCAGAAGUACCACAUGGAGAGACACAAGCGCACGCACAGCGGAGAGAAGCCGUACAGAUGCGAGACCUGCCAACAGUAUUUUUCUAGGACGGACCGCCUGCUGAAGCACAAGCGAACCUGUGGAGAAGCGUUAAGGAAGGGCCUGGACCCCAGCAUGAUGGACAUGGGAUGUGUGGACAUGGGCAGCUACGGAAUCACUCAGGGAAACUCUGGCAGAAAAAGAGGACGCUCCAAGAAUCCCGGAGAGGGAGCCCCCCGAAAGAAGAAGAAGGGAGACGGAGGGACGCUGAGAGUGCCUCAUGUUCCCGGCGCCGUGUCUGGAGCGUACAGCAUUCACGAGUACGCCGUGGAGAACCAGACGGUGUCCUCGUCCACCGAGCCAGGCCCCAGUAUGCAACACCACGGCCGUGCCCCAAAGAUGGCCUUCAAGAAGGCCCCCCGUAAAGGGGCGGACAAAGGCGGCAAGGUAGAUGUGUUGGAGCAGAGCGGAGCCGACGUGGAUCACGGUCUGGGCCUCAUGCAUGCCAAUGGUGCCAAAGUGGGCGGCGCCACCAGUAGUAACUAUGACGACGCCAUGCAAUUCCUCAAGAAGCGGCGCUACCUUCACGGCCCCCACAGCGUGACAACAUCGGGGCCCGCCGUGGGAGUGGGAAGUGGCAGCGAAUAUGACGUCGGACUGUUGUCCUCACAUCCCGCUGUCAUCCAGGGCACCGUGUCCACCAUGAUGGACGCCGACGCCCCACUCAGUCUGGACAAGUCCGGGAUCCCCGACGAGGUGCUGCAAAGCCUGCUGGACCACUACAGCCAAAAGCCAGACGGCUCCCACCAUGACAUCCACUUUGACAUCGGCGACCAGCACGUGGAGCUCACCCCCCCUGAUGCCGACGCCCCCAGCCCGUCCGGGGACAAGACCGCCGUGAUGAACGAGUACUCGCGCUUCCUGCUGCAGGCUCUGGAGCGCACCAGCCACACGGGCGGCUUCCCCCUCGGGCCCGGCCCCGCUUCCUCCGGAGCCUUCACCACGGCCCACACGGUGAACCCCCUCUACUCUGACAAGAACAUCUACACCACGACGCCCCUGGAGUGCGGCUUCGCCCCCUCCGUGCCAAAGGCGCACUUUGCCAUGCUGGCGGGCUCCUCGCCGCAGCACGUCUUCCACCUGAGCAGCCUGGACGCCCCCCCGCCUCCUCACCAGCAGCUCACCCCCUCGCAGGAGCUCAGCGAGCAGAUGGAGAAGCAGCACUCCUCCACUCCGCCUUCCUCCUACCAGAUCAGCCCGUCUGACCUCAGCAGCCACAAGGACGCCGCCAAGACCGCCGUCUUCCAGCUGCCCCCCUCCAAGGCCACCUACCAGAUAGAAAACUUUGCUCAGGCUUUUGGCUCUCAGUUCAAAUCGGAAGAGCGUGGCUUGUGCUACGCCGCCGACUCGGACGCCGAGCACCGGAUAAGGACCCCCGUGUCAGAGUUCUCAGGGUACAGCACCUUACUGUCGGACGUCGGCGAGCCGACCAGCUCGGCUCCUAAAACGCCGACCAGCCAAAGCUUCCGAUGAGACCACACUGUCCUUAAAGGUAUUAGCUGUGUUUUUUUUUAUGGGACAUCUUUAUUUGAAUUCUUCUUAAGCUGUUUGUCUUCACAAGGACAAUAUCCUAUAAAUAUUUUUUUAAAUUAAGUGCUUGUCAAUGUAGUAUUAGUAUUAUUUUUAUUAUUAUUUGUAUGUGCCACCAGCAAGCUGACUUGUUUGAGCGAUCAAGGGGAGGGAGGGAGGGGGGGGGGGCAAAAAAUGUGUUGCAAGUAUUACUCAGGAAACAGGAAGUUGCUGACAUGCUGAAUGAGUGUGAACACUGAAAACACUUUCUACUUGGCGAUAUAGAGAUUACGGUACUCAAUGUGAAACGCAGCUUUCCUAUUAAUAAGGGCCAUAUGUGACCCAUCUAUAUAUUUAUAAACAUAGACGAAAUACAUAGCUUACAGAUGGAAUAGGAAACAGGAGGCAAAUAAAUGUUCUUAGUACUCAUUAAGGAAAACACCAUUUUGGGAAUUUUUCCAUCCUACAUGAACACAGUCAUGGAAAAAAGACUUAGACCACUUUGUUGCUUCAGUUUCUGCUCCAACUAAAGGUACCUUUGUUUGGACAAAAAUAAUAAAAAAUAGCUCUUUAGAAUAUUCAUGGAAGAACGGAAGUUAUUCAUUCAUUCAUUCAUUUUCUACCGCUUUUCCUCACGAGGGUCGCGGGGGGUGCUGGAGCCUAUCCCAGCUGUCUUGGGGCGAGAGGCGGGGUACACCCUGGACUGGUGGCCAGCCAAUCACAGGGCACAUAUAGACAAACAACCAUUCACACUCACAUUCAUACCUAUGGACAAUUUGGAGUCAUGCUAAUUAACCUAGCAUGUUUUUGGAAUGUGGGAGGAAACCGGAGUACCCGGAGAAAACCCACGCUUGCACGGGGAGAACAUGCAAACUCCACACAGAGAUGGCCGAGGGUGGGAAUUGAACCCUGGUCUCCUAGCUGUGAGGUCUGCGCGCUAACCACUAGACCGCCGUGCCGCAACUGAAGUUAUUAUCAAGACCGUAUAAUUGCUAGAUAUUGUCUAUUAAAUUAAACACUAUUUUGUUCUAAACAAAUGUACUUCUAAUUGGACCAGGAAUGAAAACGGAUCAAGAACCUGAAGCACCAAGGGUGGUCUAAUGCUCCUUUCCAUGACUGCAUGGCUGUCUUUUCUGUGCUUUUUAAAGAUAUCAAAACAGAUAAAAGCAGACAGCUCAAGUUAAAUCCGAAUUGGGAAUCAUGGGCAAAAUUCCAAAAGUGCAGUUUUCCUUGAAAUUACAUUAGUUUUUUUUUACCAACAGGGGGUGCUGUUGGACAGCAAUAAAAUGGUCUUAAACUUUCUUACCUGCGCUCUGCUUCUUUGUCAGGUCUCCUCUACUGGGGGGAGGGGGGGCGUUAGGGCCACACUGCAAAGACAACACAGUCAAAUUAAAACAAGUUGCAAUUUUACAAUAGAUGGAAAUGAACUGGAUGAUUUUGUUUGAUGAUGGGCAUGCCUCUUUACCUCAUCUCCAGCCUCCAAACAGGAGCGCCUUGCCACGUUUGUUCCGUAGAACAACAGCAUGAACGGAGUGAGCCCUUUUGUCAGUCAUAGUCUCAGUGGGUGAAGGCGGGGCCCGCUAGCAUACACACAGAGUGUAACAUAGAGUUGUAACAUAGAGUUUCCACUACUUUAUUCAAAAGUAAAGCUAAGUCUCGUCUACACAGAACACUCGGAAAAUGACAACUAUUUAUGCAACUUUUAUUUUUUUGUCAUAUUAAGCUUUAGAACUAUUACUAUUUUUGGCAAGGUUCUAACUAUUUUUUUUUGUUGUUUUCUUGAUCGCUUUCUCGUAGGGUAAUUCUAGUACUUAUGUUUUUUUUUGUCAAUGCAACUCGUAAUAGCGCUACAACCUAUUUAUAGUACAACGAUCUUUUAAACUUAGUAAUAUUAUAGCUUUAUUCUUGUAGUUAACACUUUUUACUUGUCAAAACACUCAUCUUUUUUUUUUUCUUUUACAGUUUUACAACUUUUUCUCUUGGCUAAAAGUUAACAUUUUUGUACAGUUGAGUUUUUCUCAUGGAAAUAAAAUACUGUAUAUUUUCCAACUUAUUAGAACUUUCAUAAAAUACUAACUUUGCUACAUUUUUGCUGUACAUUUUCUCCCAUUUUACAGCUUUAUUCUUGCAAAAUGAAGUAAGUCUUCCCACGGUACAGUCGCCAAAUAUCACGAUUCGAUUAUCACUCCCUCGCUAUUUGGCUUUUUUUUUUUUCCAGAAAUGAAAAAGUUCUAUUAUUAAAACAUACAGGCCAUAUGUAGCAUUGUAGCAUUAGCUUACAUGACUUUACCUUAACACCGCCUGAAGUCAGCCGUGGCGUGUCCCACCUGGUAGAGUGGAAAAACCGUCUCCCAUUCAGUAUCUAAAACACAAAGACAAUAGGUCAGCUUUCAUGGGAAAUGACCAAGGAAAUCAAACAGUUGCGGAUCAAUUGGAUCGUGGAUGAAUCAUUGGUAUCUAUCGUAUUGGUAUUUUGAGUGUGGUCCUAACGCUUCUUGGUAGUCACGCGCAUUUCAAAGCCUCCAAUUAGCACUUUGAGCCCCCAAGCUCAAACGUCACAAAUGAGCUUUUUUGUUGUUGUUGUUAAAGGUGGUUUUUAUCUGCUAUUUUUCUCUUACA